GCCCAUGGCGCUUUGAACCCAGCCCAUACCCCUGUCCAAAGCUGGCUGUCUCUCUCCCCCUCCUGCUGGCCUCGCCCUCUCUGCCUGCUGGCUGCCAAAGCCUCUGGGUCCACCAGAGUCACCGCAAGCUGCGCAAUGGCCAUGAGGUACCUCGAUACCUGCGCGAUACGGGCCUGCUGCGUCUCCACACCCCUCCCAGGGCUUGCCCUGCUUGCUUGUUGCUGGCCGUUCCUCCUCGUCGUCCCCCCAUCCCAACCGCACGCGCACACACACUCACACCCCUCCCCCAGCCCAGCCCAGCCCAGCCCAAAGUGAGCCGAGCGAGGGAUGUGAGAUGAGCAUGGGAGAUGGGCGGGCGGCGAAACGCUGUGAGCGACAGUGAGAAACCUCUCUGCCUCUUCUACAACACCACCCCACUCCCUUCCUCUUCCCUAUACUCCUCGUGCCUGGGCCUGUUCGACUCUGGUCCCUGCCGCCCUCUUGUCUCUUGUUUUGCUUUCGUUGAAACCGCCUCGGGGACCUGGCUUCAGCUCACCAACAGGAACAGGACGCGCAUUGGGCAGGAGAGACUCGCUAGCGGUUCUGUUUCACAUCCCCUCGUGUCCAUCACUGCCAGCCCUUGCUUGGCCUAUCGGCUGUGAUCAGGAAGAACACGCCCCUGCGUCCCCCACGGCGCCCUCGCCUAUCUGUGCGGUCGUCUUAAACGCCUCAGGUCCCGCCUCGGCCUGCUCUCCAGCGCUCACACUAGGUCCUUUCAAGCUUGGAAGCCCUCGCUGUCGCUACCAGAUACACUCACUUUUGGAAGCGGCCGUUCUUUUACAUCAUCGCUCGCGGGCGCCCCUCCACAGUCAUUCUUUAUCAACCUCACCUCGAGCGUGGGCGAUCCCGGAUAUAAAUUUUCCCGAGAGAGGAAGCCUGACACUUCGCUGCUGUCAGGCGCCUCGGAUACCUCAUUCUCCCCGCCUCUUGACGCCCUGGCUGGGAAAUCAACGACAGGCAGGAUGGACUACGCAAACAUGUUCCGCAACCGUGGCCACCAGCCCGGCUAUCUUUUGCCUCAGUAUGGCGCUGCUGCUCCGACGGUCCAGCAACAGCAUGGACAGCAAAGGUACCCGCUCCACCAACACCACCAACAACAGCAACAGCAACCGCAGCAUCCCUACCACGUCCAGCUCCAGCUCCAGCACCAGCAGCAUCCCCAGGCCCAACACCGACAGUUCACCCCACAGCGACCGCCGACCCAGGGGUUCUCUUUCCCUUACACGAACGAACAGCUGCUCGUGCUCGCCCAGAUGCAGCAACAGAGGACCAUGCUGAACCAGGCCCAGGCCGCUGCCAACGCAUCACCGCAAACGAAACAGGAACAGCCGAAGCCCAGGCUAGCCAAGGACGAGGUGGAGCUUUUGGAAAAGGAGUUCCAGAAGAACCAGAAGCCCAGUAGCGGUCGUAAGCGGGAGAUCGCAGAUAUCCUCAAAGUCGAUCAACCAAGAAUCAACAACUGGUUCCAAAACCGGAGAGCAAAGGAGAAGGGUAUCAAGAAGACCCAGGAGUUCGCGGCCCGCCGGGCGGCAGAGCAGCACGAUCUGUCGGAAGCGGGCUCUACCAGGUCACCAGAUACCGACGCUGAAGGUGUGGGCAGCGAAUAUUUUGACAUGGAGAACCAAUCGCAGCACAGCGGCAGGCCAUCAUCGGCUCCUUUCCCGGAGCCUCGCCAAGAGGCAGAGCUCACAGAAGACACGCCCCCCGCAGACGAGUUCUCUUACGCAUCCCCUGUCGGCCAGUCAUUGCAACCGAGCAUCGAGAACAGCGACUCUUGCGGCAAUGGCGUGAAGGAAGAAUACCCGUCGCCCGAUUCACUACCCUUUCAACCUUCAGACACCACGGCCGAUUCACACUUCACGCCACACGCCUCAGUAUUCGCCCCGGGACUCGAGAGCCAAGGCGAGUAUCAGGACGAGUUUUCCGGGCAGGCUGAGGGUGUGCUUCCUCGAACGGCAAUGCAAGACAAUUUCUCCAUGUCCAGCUUUCUAUCGCCGCGAGACCAGGACCAGCUACCUUUCAGCUACCACCAGUUCGCCCCCACUACGGGCCCCGACUCGAUCCUGGCACCGACACCUUCGUUCCCGUCUCAGCUUCUCGGACGACUGGAGCUUCAUGAAAUCAAAGAGGAGGAAGAGCAGCAGUCGCAGGCUGCUUUGGAAAUGAACAGCGAACACGACUCGUCAAGUGCCCACCAAGCUGCCGCCGAUAAUAGCAUCCCGUUGCUGGCCGGGCACGCCCGACAGCAGAUCUCGUCUCCGAACCCAACAGUAAUGUCGCCGCCUACGCCAGACGACCUGCGCUUCAAGUCCCCUCCUCCACCGUCCAACAUCGCCUCGAGGCGAAACAAGGGCGUGCCGGCGCAGCUUAACGCAACGGCGCUCAGGGCGUACUCGUACGGACCAAAGACGGGCUUGGACAUGUCGAAGCGGUCCGACGCAGCCAGCCCUGGAAUCAGGCGCAUCGCGUCGGCCACGGGGCCCACCAUGCCGGGUAGGAUCCAGAAAUCGCUGUCUUGCGCCAACAUUGGUGGCUCGGGGGCUCCUCGGUCGCCACUGACCCGGGAGCGCACCAAGGAUGCGCUCAUGCGAUCGCUCCAGAGCACCGUGGCGGCGGUCCGCUCGCCCGUGCUGGGGGGCUCCAUCGCUGGCAAUGUCAUGUCACCCAUGACCCCUUCGGGCGAAUACUUUGGCACUGGCGGAGCGUCGGCAAUGGCCUCCACUCAGGGGACCAGGGAGGCGACGGUGGCGUCCAGCGCAUCUGACGAAGAGCAAAGUUAUGGAAUUGGCGCUCCUCCUUCGGCCAUGGCCGGCGGCUUCUUCACAGGCACGCUCAAGACACCACCCGGCACGCCGGGCCUGAACGGGGUCGGUGGUACCGGAUUCCAGGAGCACCAGAUGGCGCCAGGUCAGAUCAACACCUUUGAGGCGGCCUGGAACUUCAACCCGCAGGACGAGCCCCUGGUGACGCCCGGAUUGGGAAGCUUUGGGUCCGAGGAGUUCGCCAUGGCGUCCUCGGCACCCGGUUACAUUGGCAGCAGCCAACCGCCGACGCCCUCGUUCCCACACAGUAUCGGCCCCGCCUCUUUCGGCGCCUACCCCUGGUCAGCCACUGGGCCUUCAGUGGUACCAUACAGCGGCAGCGCUGGCAUGAUGCACGGAGGCGGCAUUGCCGAGUAUACGUUCCCCGAAUCGUUCGUGCCCGACUCCUCGGCCAGGUCGUCGCCCGGCCUCCCACCGAAGUCUAGCAAGCAGUUCCAGUUCACGCAGAACGUGACUCCUCAGGACUUUAGCGAGAAGUGAACGCUGGAGAGAUCGCGAUUCCAUCUCGCUGCUGUCUGCAAGCACGUACGGUACCACGGCUAUCGGAAACCGCGGGCAGCCCUGUCAGAAACUACUGUAACAACACCAAUGCAUAUCUUUUGAUACCAAGUUCGGGGGGUGUUUUAUUCUGCAUUUUAACUUCCUUACUCCAUACCUUUAUCCUUUACCCUUCCUUUACGAGGCUAUACACCUAAUCACCGUCAUGGCUUCUGCCCGCGCUCUUGUUGGGUAACAACGCGGGGGUUCGGUUUUGUUUUGUAUACUUGUAACGUAAUGAGAAGAAGGGCUGAACGAAAUCUAGGGGAGGUGGUUUGGGUGGUUUGGGAAUCAUCCAUGACUGUCUGUCGGGUUUGGGGAAGCAGGCAAGUAACGACGGGCUGAUUUUGAUCUAGGGACGGGAAAAUACAGGCGAACGAGGGGCGGACUUCGCAGGUGUUGGCGGGGAGAAGGAGUCCAAGGAUUUGGGACAAGAGGAUUGAUGGCUGUGUGUAUACCCUGGGUGAGAAGGAAGGCGGCGACAAGCUCAAGAGCGGGCCCGCAGUUCUGUACGAUAUCAUAGUAUUGGGAGGAGUCUUGGGCCCGGCAUCGAGGGGAUUGGUGGACGGACGGACGGACGGACGGAUAUACGAUUGCCGCAGACGACACGACAAAAGCACCCAAACGGGUCAUCUUGGGCCUGGUCUACUUUUUCGUCUUUUUUUUUAUUUAUAUAUUUUUUACCCUUCACCUAUUCACUUUCUCCCUCCUCCCCCUGACGUAAUCACAUGUACCUCCGGCCGCG